AGCUCAAAUGCAACGACUAGCUCAACAAACUCAACAACAAAUGAUGCUUCAAAUGAGAAGACCUGUUCAAAAUACUGCGCCUUCACAGAAUGUACAUCGUCCUUCAAAUAAUAAUAAUCAAAAACAAACUAAUGAUUCUAAUUCUAAAAAGCCUCAACAACCAACUGUUAAACCUUAUGAACCUGCUCCUGAUCUUACUCCUGUUCAAAAAGAAUAUUUGGAGCAAUAUGUUCGUCGUGAUAAUUUAUAUCAAAAAGCUUUAGAUCUCCAACAUAGAAGACAAAUGGCUAUAAUAAAUGAAAAACGUAAAGAAAUAGCUCAAGCUGAACAAAGAUAUCAAUUUCGAUCUAGUCCUUUCGUAUUUGGUCCUGGUUAUCAAGGUUAUGGAAAUGGUAUAACCGGAACAAACACAUUACAACAAUUAAGAGAUAUCGCGCAAAAAGAAGAUAUAUUAGUUCCGAUAAGAUUAGAAAUUGAUGGAGCUGAUGGUUACAAAUUACGAGAUACUUUUACAUGGAAUAUGAAUGAAACGUUUAUUACGCCUGAACAUUUUGCGGAGGUUCUUUGUGAUGAUUUACAUUUUCCCCCUUCACAAUUUGCUCCGAUCAUUGUCAAACAAAUACGCGAUCAAUUACAAGGUUAUAUCAUUCAUCCUCUUUCAUCAACGGAGCCUCCUCAACCUACUUUAACUGCUGAGAUUGACGUGACUGUUGGUAAUAUAUCGCUAGUGGAUCAAUUUGAAUGGGACAUUAAUUGUCAAAAAAAUGAUCCUGAACUUUUUGCGGAAAUUUUGACCACUGAAUUAGGUCUCGGAGGCCAUCCUUUUGAUGGGUCACCUAUACAAGACGAUGAUCUUCGGCAAAACUUUUUACCUCCAGUCACUAACAUAAUUCGAAGGGAGGAUGCCGUUGAACAACAUACUCCAUUUUUGGUAGAAUUAACUGAAGCUGAAAUUGAUAAAAUUGAAAAGGAUAGAGAAAGAGAUGCUAGGCGUAAGAGACGUCAAACUCGUGGUAGACGAGGUGUUAUAUUACCAGAUCGUGAACCUCCAAAAACUCAUCGUACACUUCUCCAUAAUACUACUGUGGUUCAAGAUCCCGCUGAUGAAAAUGUCUUUUUAACGGUUCCUUCAUCAGGCAUGCCACCAGUUUUACGUAAAGCUAGUUCCAUGGGAUAUGAUAAUUAUACUGCAAUAUCUGAAAAGUCUUUAGCUCCUGGUAAAAUGCGAGGAAGAGGACGUGCUACUGUUGGUGGUGCAAAUAUUGGUAGUAAUUUGAGAGUUGGUACUCCGGUAAAUGCUCUGGACUCUGAUUCUAAUACUCCAGAGGGUGCUAAAAAACUUCAUCGACGAUUAACGAAUAAAGAUUUAGAUGAAUGGCAUUGUAAUGGUUGUGGAUGUCCUUCAACAUCAACGCCGCUUCUACGAAAAGGGCCUAAUGGAGAGAAGACUCUGUGUAAUGCGUGCGGCCUCUACUUUCAAAAGAACAAUUCACUACGGCCGAAUCCCUUGAAUUUAAAUGAUCUCGGAACAAAUUCACCGUUUAUGGAGAAUAACCCUUCGUCCAUCGAUCUCUUUUCAAAAAAAGGUCCACAACAUAUUGAGAGUUACCAUCAAAACUCACCUUCGAUGUCAAUAUCAAAUACGUCGUUAGAAGUUAAGCAACAAUCCAAUACUUUGGUUAAGAGAGAAAUAAAUGCACAAGAUAAUCAAAAUUUAACUGAUUCUCAAGGAAUAACUUUGAAUACUGUUGUAUCCGAAGGGUUGGUGUCUGCGCCCUUAAUUCAACCUGUUCCGUCAAUAAUGACGGCAACUUCGAUACCUUCAACAUCUACCACUCAUGCAAUUACUUCUACAUCUGCGAAUGAUUUACCAAUGUCUACAACAUCAUCAACCAUAACCGUUUCCAAUGCGUUACCAUCUAAUAGACCG